GACAACAGGAACAAGCAGGUGUGCGUCAAAAACGGAACUAUGAUGUAAGAGCUAAGGGCCGACACUUUACACCAGGAGAGUUGGUCUGGGUUUACAACCCUCGGAGAAAGAAGGGUCGUUGCCCGAAGCUGGACAGUCAGUGGGUGGGCCCCUGCAGAGUGUUGGAGCGCAUGGGGGAGGUUGUUUACAGAGUGCAGAUGCUCCAGAACAGGAGAAAACUAGCACUGCACAGGGACAGGUUGGCCCCCUACCAAGGCAGGGCUGCACCACAGGCCCCAGAAGGCCAUCAGUCGGGGUCGCCGGUAUCGCUACCAGCUUCUCCAGAAGCCAUACCGCUGUUGCCGAAUGAUGUCCCAGCGAUGCCGUCUGAAGCGCCGCAGGGAGCGCGCCCACAGCGGACGAGGAGGGCCCCAAGACGGAGCUGGAGCAGAUCUUGACAUGGCUGACUGAGGAAGGUUUUGCACCCGAGGCCUCCAAAGAGGCUCAGCUGGCUUUUCUGUGGCGUACCUUCCUUCACACACGAAGCUGUCUGGACAGUGUGACUAAGGAUCUGGGAGCCAAACGCUUGCAACAUUUUGCGGAGAUGGCAGAGGUACGCAAGUCCUUGGAGCAGAUCAAAAUCUUCACAGAGCAGAAAGACGUUUUGGCUCAGGAGAUACAAGAUGAGAACGAACAACUCAGAAAGCAGCUGCUGCACCUCGUUUCACUGCAAGAUUCCCAGAUAAAUGAAGUUGCUAAAAUGUUGUACCAGCAGGGUCUCACUGAGCUGAUUCACAGCUCCCCCAGUGAGCAGGUGGCGUAUCUCCUGGUGGAGAGGGCUUCCCUGCUUGAGAUGAAUCAGGAUCCUGGUGAUGGAGACCCAGAGAGUCGACUGAGGACCCACGCAGAACCACUGAACCCCGUCAUAUGUCGGCGCAGCAUCGCGUUACGUCACGAUACUCCCCCUCCCCUCUCUGAACUGCUGAGUGAGCACUCAGAAGGGAGGGAAACAGCGACACAGAAGUCAGAAACUUGCGAAUGAGGUAAAAUGGUCUGUCGGGAAUGCUGCUAUGAAUAUUGCUUAUUUAUAACGUCUUGUUGUCAGUUCACUUUCAUAUAUAGGAACUGAAUCUUUUUGGUUUAAUCAUCUUAGUCUUGGGAUGAUCACUCAUCCAAUAUUUAACUGCUAACUUUCUCUAGACGUUUGCUACGCUAGCCAAAAUGUCUUUUUUUUAUAUAUAUAUAUCUCAUUUCAGUACAAUGCCACCACCAACUAAAAGGCUGAAACAGCAGCAGGACUUACUCAGCUUUUUUAAAAGAGUAACGUCAGUGUGAGUAACAGUCACACAACACAAGGGCAACACCUGUGUUGCCCUUGUGUUGAAAUUAGCCCGGUGGUUUUGCUUCGCCGAAAUGGACAGAUAUUAUACCUGCCGCGCUCCUGAUCGUUAGUUAAAACCACAGGGAGAGUUAAUUUUAAUUCUUAGCAGCGGCUAACCAACAAAUUAACUUCUGCACCUUUAUUUCCUCAAAUAAACUGCUGGCUCCUCUUUUUAGACUAUAAAUAGAUUAACACAACAUUGACAACUCUGUAGUUUUCUCUGUUCUGUACUGCAAACUGGAAUUAAAGGCGCCAUUUCUACCAAAGGUCUGGACAGACUGGCGACCUGUCUAGGGUGUACCCCACACCAGAACCUCCCGACCCCACUAAGGGACAAGGGUGUACAGAAAAUGGAAGGAUAGAUGGAUUUCUACCAAAGGUUUAGAAUGCGUUUUUGAACCAGAUGCUUCAAAGCGCCCUGUCCAUAAUUCUUCAACACACUGUCAGCUCCCUGUCAGAAAGACUUUAGUUCAGAGUCCAUAAGAUAAUACUCUGAAAGGAUUUUAAUGGAUUUAUUUUAUUUGCCUCUGCGAUUAACUCUGCGCGUAAAGUCUGUAAUGUGACAAAUAAAAUGUUUUGUUUGAUUUAAAAUUGGCCAUGUUAGGCUCAAGAGCUGUACCUCAUUUCUGAAACCAUCUCAUAUGUUUAGGAGCAACAAUGCAGGGACAGCACAAAGGAGACAGGAAAAGGAGAGGAUAGUGCAACCAGGCUAGAGGCAGGAAGUCAGAGUGAGGGAGAGACAGGAGUGGAGCAACAGGUAAGAUAGAGUAACUCAUACGAGUAGAUACUUCAUGAGAGUCCACAAAAAAAGUUGAAAAUUUUAAUCUUUUGCUUGUAGUAAGUGUAGUUCAGGGGCAUUGAGUGACAUUGUAACAUUUCCUUCUAGGGAGUUCAGACUAGGGACACACAGCUGAGAGACUCUGAAGUCAGUGGACAGAGAACAGAGCCAAAUCAGCCACAUCCAAAAUUCAUAGACCCUCAAGCUCUAGCCAACAGAACUUUACAUUUCCAAGGAAAGUGGUACAAGGAAUUUCCCUGGCUACAUUAUGAUGCAGUGAAAAAUGGCAUUUUGUGUUUUUAUUGCAUGGCAAUUUACCAGGACAAACUCACACCAUUUGGUGCAAAAUCCGAACCCGCCUUUAUCACUUCUGGAUUUAAAAAUUGGAAAAAAGCAUGCGAAAAAUUUAAAGCACAUGAAAAUAGUCACACACAUUGUCAUGCUGUUUCUGUGACUGCACAAGAAAGUCAUCCUAUAAAUGCCCAAUUAUCCAGUGCUUUGGCAACUCAGCAAGGUGACAAUAGGCACUGUCUGGAGAAAAUUGUGAGCUCCAUAAAAUAUUUGGUACGGCAGGGACAAGCUUUGAGAGGGCAUGACGAUGAUGACAGCAAUUUGUAUCAACUGUUAAAAAAUCUGGCAGAAGAUGAUGCCCUUUUGGCUAAGUGGUUGCUGAGGUCUCAGAAAGAAUACCUAAGUCCACAGAUACAGAAUGAAAUCUUGUGUUCUAUGAGCAAUAGUAUUGUCAGUGAAAUAGCAGAUACAAUCAGAAACCUACCAAUUUUUGAGUUUGCAAUUAUUAUGGAUGGAACACAGGACAUUUCUGGGAAAGAACAAGAAAGCAUUUGUCUGCGAUACAUUGACAGUGACAUGAAGCCCCAUGAAGAGUUUAUUGGCUUGUACUCAGUUUCUGAAACAACAGGAAAAAGCCUUGCUGCUGUUGUUAAAGAUGUGCUGCUCAGAUUAAACUUACCAAUGCAUGGUUUACGAGGUCAAACUUAUGAUGGAGCAGCCAAUAUGUCUGGGAAGCAUGCAGGUGCACAGGCACUGAUAAAGCAAGAGCAGCCACUAGCACUUUUUGUUCAUUGUGGAGCACACUGCACUAAUUUAAUUGCACAGAAAGCUUGCUUAGCCUCAGUUCUGAUCAGAGACGCAUUGGAUUGGGUGAACCAGCUUGGAGUUCUUUUCUCUCAGUCAGGGAAGUUUAAGGCAAUCCAUGCAGCAACAGCACAUACAGAGAAUCCAUCGUGCACUGCAAUAAAACCCCUCUGCCCCACAAGAUGGGCAGUACGGAGCAAAGCAAUCAGAGAUGUUUUGUCACAGUAUGGGUCAGUGCUGGCUAGCUUGCAGGAGAUGGCUUCUGGUGCCUCAAACACAGCAUCCACUGCUAAUGGACUGCUGGGGCAGUUUAGGAAAGGUAAAACAGUUUUGGGUCUCAUCCUUGCCUCACCUGUGAUUGAUGAGCUUGAAUGCCUGAGCAUCUCUUUCCAGAAGAGAACUCAAACCAUUGCUGGAAUGAGGACUGCUGUGAAAGUUGUUCAGACUUCACUUAAGGCUAAAAGAAAUCAAGAAAGUUUCAACACUCUGUUGAAAAGGCGAUGGCUGAGGGUGGGGGAGACACCUUUGGCCGGUGAACCAAGACGUUUGGAGAAGGAGUGUUCCCGACUGGAGCGGGAUGUGGAAGAAGGUUCCCGCAGGUUGGCCAUGGCCCACAACGAGAUCCGGCAUUUGAAAGAUGAACUGGAGUCUGCUCAGAAUUGGAAUUCUCCUGGAUCAUCUAGUUUUUCGUCUCGGAUUCGACCUUCAUCGGAUCCCCAUCAUCCAACAGAAAAGGCCCUCGUCUCCUCCUCCAACCCCCUGCUGAUGGAUGACAUUAAUUAUCCUAUCAUCAGUGUCGGCAAUCUUCCUCAAGAAAUACUGCAGCAACCCUCCUGGAUCAUUGCCCCAACAACAACGAAAAAGAACCUUAAUGCCACCUGGUGA